CGCUCCAAUUCGAGCCUCAGCAGGCAGAAGAAGCGGCCCCUCGAAGAUUCGAUAGACCGGGUUCUGCAGUUUCGCAAAGAAGAGCUCGAAGAGUCGGAAGACUCCGAAGCGGCCAUUGAAGAGGCCGAAUCGAAAAAGGUCGACGACGAUCGAUUCUUGCUCAAUCGCCAACUGACAAAGCACUGGCAAGUCGAGCCCCCCGAACAGCCUGCGGCCAAGAAACGACGGAUCCAGACCGAGGCCGACGAGAGAGACGGUGCGGUCAGCGGCCCCGACACUGGCGCCGAGGCGGCGGCGGCGGCGAUGAACGGAGACGCAGCCAAGGAGACAACGAGGGCUGACAGACUCGACAAGACGGUCCCGAAGAAGUCACCCAAGUCUACCCGCUUCAGAGUCGAGCAGUACGACGAGCCGCUGCCCUUGGGAGGCGUCGGCGAGAUGCAUCGCCACCUGCUGCGCCAGACGCGCUAUCUGCUCAAGUGCCCAGAGCUCUACAAGGGGAAUGGCUGGAGGAGAGUCCCCGGAAUGCUGCUGUUCGGGCCUCCUGGGACCGGCAAGAGGUCGCUCAUCCGCACUGUUGCAGCGAAUCUCGAGGUCCCGAUCAUAACCCUCAACGGCUGCCUUGAGGAUCCCGAACGCGUGGAGAAGAGCUUGGCCGAGGCUUUUGACGCGGCCAUCGGGCUGGCCCCGAGCAUCGUCCUCAUCGAGGACCUGGACUGGCAUAUCCCUAAGCCGGGAGGCAACAACCACAACGAGCACGGCCGGAAAGUGCUCAACCAUUUUACGCGGCAGAUGCAAAGAGUGCAGCAAGAGCAGGCCAACGUCUUGGCCAUGGCGACGACAUCAAGGCUGGCCGACGUCGACCCCGUUGCGCUCGAGGCCGGCCUGUUCGAGAGGACAAUUCAAAUGAGGGUGCCGGACCAGGAAGCUCGGCAUGACAUACUCAAGGUGGUCACGCGAGAAAAGAUUCUAUCUGACAGUCUAGACCUGGAAGAAAUCGCAAAGAUGACGCAUGGCUUCGUGGGCGCAGACAUCAUCAUCCUCACCACCCUCGCGGAGCAAGCGGCACAGGAGCGAAUCCUCAACUCGGAGGACCCGGAUGGGCGACAGCUGGAAAUACUCACUCGGCCUCCUCCCCGCAAGGACGAGAUGGAGGAGGAGGUGUCAGACAUCUCGUUGGAUCUAAGACAGCCCUCAUUCGAAACACUGCCCAUCGAACCGCUGACACUCGACGACUUCCGACUCGCCAUCAAGGGCUUCACGCCGUCUCUCCGGCGCGAGGGCUUCACCGUGAUACCAAGCGUAACCUGGGACCAGGUCGGCGCGCUGGAAAGGGUGCGCGAGCAGCUUCACAUGUCCAUCAUCGGCCCCAUCAAGAACCCGGAGCUCUACCAGGAGUUUGGCCUCCGACGCCCGGCCGGCGCGCUCCUCUGGGGCCCGCCCGGCUGCGGCAAGACGCUCGUGGCCCAGGCCGUGGCCAACGAGGCGCAGGCGUCCUUCAUCCUCAUCAACGGGCCCGAGCUGCUCAACAAGUACGUCGGCGAGUCGGAGCGGGCCGUGCGCGAGCUCUUCCAGCGCGCGCGCUCGUCCACCCCCUGCAUCCUCUUCUUCGACGAGAUCGACUCCCUCGUGCCGCGCCGCGACAACGCCUCGACCGACGCCGGCGUCCGCGUCGUCAACGCCCUGCUGACGGAGCUCGACGGCGCCCAGGACCGCUCGGGCAUCUACGUCAUGGGCACGACCAACCGGCCCGACAUGAUCGACGCGGCCAUGCUCCGCCCGGGCCGCCUCAGCGUGCGCCUCUUCGUCGACCUGCCCACCCCCGAGGAGCGCGUCGACAUCCUGCGCGCCAUCUACAAGACGGCCCACGCCAGCGCCUCCGACGCCGAGCUCGCCCGGCUGCCCGCCGUGGCGCUGGACCCGCGCUGCAGCGACUUCAGCGGCGCGGACCUCGGCGGCCUGCACAUCAAGGCGGCCGAGUGCGCGCUCAAGAAGUUCAUGCUGGGCAAGAAGACGGCCAGGGAGAUUGACGAGGACGACUGGGAGUACGCGCUGGACAAUACGCGGUGCAGCGUGCUCAACCCGGAGUCGUACAGGAAGCUGGACAGAAAGCUGGGAAAGGGGGAGUAAGUAUCUUGGAUGAAUGGAUGUUUUGUAGAAGAUACCAGGCGCAUAUAUAUAGCAUUGGAGGGUCACAGACG